AUGUCUUCUGAUACUUCCACUGUUGGAGGCAUUCAAGGUUAUCUCCUAAAACUUCACUCGUUCUUUGGAGACACAGAAAGCAGGAACGCUGCUAUAGUCUGCAAUGACAUUUUUGGAGACUUGAGACAGGAAUGCAUGAUAACUAAGAAUGAGAAUGAACUGGUUUUAUGGACAUCUUUGCUUUUUGCAAAGGAAGAGGGAUUGCUUAGUUUUCUCAGAAAGUCUCUCUCUGAUGAAACGGUAAGAGGUGUUUACAGGCAUAUUCUACUGCGGGAUACAAGAGGGGAUAUUCUGAAUUUUUUAGGGGAGUUUCUGGAGAGAAUGUCAGUCACUGUCCGAGGAUGGGAGAAGAACUAUGCUGUCAAACUUAAGGACAUUUGUAUUGUUGUGUACACAAAGGACAAAGCUGCAAAGUGCCGAAGCCCUGCUUUACAUCUCCUAAUCAAAAUACUGAAUCUCACAAAAGACUCCAGCAUCACCCAGCAUCUCAAAAUUGGUGAUAUGUUCAACAAAUUUUACGGAGAGUUGUCUCAGAAGAGUAAGAUAUCUGGUACAGUACUGGGUUGCAUUUAUGAACUUCUCGGUGUGCUUGGUGAAGUGCAUCCAAGUGAGAUGGUCAACAACUCAGACAAACUCUACAAGGCCUACCUGGGUGAACUGAAAGGACAGAUGACAUCUACUACAAAAGAGCCAAAACUUCCUGUUGUUGCUGGAUGCCUGAAAGGAAUCACAGCUCUGAUGGUGAACUUCACUAAAUCAAUGGAAGAAGACCCAGUUACGUCAAAAGAAAUAUUUGAUUAUGCGCUGAAGGCAAUCUGUCCACAGACUGAUAUGAAACCAUAUGCAGUCAUCUGUGCCGGUCUCAAACUGUUUGCUAAGCAUUCAAGCCAGUUCGGCAAUUGUCUCAUGGAUCAUUACAUGUCUAUCUUUGAUGUUAUGUUCAAACUUUGUGGACAUAUCAAUGGAGAGCUGAAAAAUAGUAGUUACAUGGCACUAGAGUCUUUCCUAAUACAGGUGGCCACUCUUGUGGCGGAGAACAUUGAGGUGCACAAAAGCAAGCUGAAGUACUUCAUGCAGAAGUUCUGUGCUAUAAUCAGGACCAUGGAAUCCACUAAUAAAGAACUGUCCAUUGCUAUCAGAGGAUUUGGCCUGUUUGCUGCGCCAUGUAAGGUGGUGUGCCCUCAGGAUGUAGAUCUGAUGUAUACAGAGCUGAUUCAGUGGUGCAAGCAGAUGUAUUUGACAGAGACUGACCGGGAUGAUGAAAAUGUCUACCAGCUGUCAAGCUUCCUUGACUCCAUAGCUAGUGUUCUGGUACACCUUGACCGGAUCCCUGAAGUGUACACUCCUGUGCUAGAGCGCCUCCUUGUGGUUCAGAUGGACAGCUUCCCUCAGUACAGCCAGAGAAUGCAGACCUGCUGCUCCAUCAUCAAGGUGUUUGUUGCCAUGGCAGUUCGAGGUCCAGUCCUCUGGAGUUUCACUAGUUCUGUGGUUCACCAAGGCCUGAUCAGAGUGUGCUCUAAGCCGGUUCCUCAGUCAGAAGCACAGAGUGAUGCAAGUGCUGGAUUUAUGCCUUCAUCUGACCCCACAGCAAACCUUGUACCCAACAAACCCAAAGACUUCAUUGCCUUUAUCAAUUUGGUUGACUUUUGCAGUGAAUUAUUGCCUUCAAGAAAUCCUGAGUAUUUUACCCAGUGGAUGCACCCCCUGUGUCACGAGCUUAUUCUGCAAUCAAUACGUUUCCCUCUGGUCAGCGGCUUUUAUAAACUCCUCUCCCUUUCUAUGGGCAUUGCAAAGAAAAUCCAUUAUUUUCAGGGCCUAAAACAAGAGUCAAAAAGUGUUGGCGGUGGCUCAACCAUGGAGAAUGCCUGUUUUUCGCUCCUUGCAAAGUUUGGGAAGGAGGUUUGUGUACGUAUAAACCAAUAUAAAGACGAGCUCCUGGCUGCCUGUCUGAUGUUCAUCCUCUCUCUUCAUCCUGACAUGGUGGCUCUGGAAAUCAAGGCAUAUAUACCUGCUCUGCAGGCUGCUCUGCGGCUAGGUUUGAGUCAUGCUCCUUUAGCCACAGCAGCGCUGGAUGCUCUGGAGUCCUGGUCUUCUCUUAUCCCUGCUGCCAUCAUGCAGCCACACUAUACAGACAUACUGCCACACUUAGAUGGCUACCUCAAAACAACCACUAACUCUGAAAAAGAUGAUGGCAAUUUGGAAGUGACAUUUGUGUCAACGGGAAGUUCAAAAAGUUAUGGAAAAGUCAUGAUGAGGCUUCUGAAGAAAUCAAAACACUUUUCUGUGGGAGAUGAGUCUCCGAUUGCUGUUGUGAGACGCAGGGUGGUACGUCUGCUUGGACACUUGGGAGGACAGCUCAACAGGAGCCUUGUGACAGCUGUUUCUGCGGAGGACAUGAUGAAGCGUUUUGUAGCAUGGGACUGUGAGAAAAGGCUGAGUUUUGCCGUGCCUUUUAAAGACAUGAAGCCUGUGAUCUACCUGGACUCCUUCUUGCCACGGGUCACAGAGCUUGCAUUGUCCUCCAGUGACAGACAAACUAAAGUGGCAGCGUGUGAGCUUCUGCAUAGUCUGGUCAUAUACAUGGUGGGUAAAGGAGCCCAGAUGACAGAAGAGGACAAAUCUGCUCCUCCCAUGUACAACCUACACAGAAAAGUCUUUCCUGUUCUUCUACGCUUGGCCUGUGACGUCGACCAGGUGACGAGGCAGCUCUUUGAACCUCUGGUAAUGCAGCUUAUCCACUGGUUCACCAACAACAGGAAGUUUGAAAGCCAAGACACAGUGGCAGUGCUGGAGGCCAUAUUGGAUGGCAUUGUGGAUCCGUUAGAUAGCACCCUUAGAGACUUCAGUGGCACCUGUAUCCAGGAAUUUGUCAAAUGGUCCAUUAAACAGACAACCCCCAAACAGCAGGAAAAGAGCCCAGCCAACAUAAAAUCUCUCUUCAAACGUAUCUACAGCCUGGCCUUACACCCCAACGUCUUCAAGAGGCUUGGAGCUGCGCUUACCUUUAACAGCACGUACAGGCAGUUCAGAGAAGAGAGCUCUUUUGUGGAGCAGUUUGUCUUUGAGGUGCUGGUGGUGUUUGUUGAGAGUCUAGCUCUGGCCCACUUUGAUGAAAAAUCCCUGGGAACUGUCCAACAGUGUUGUAGCUCCCUGGAUCAUCUGAAGAGAAUCAUUAAACACAAGGCAGACUCACUCAAUAAGAAUUCCAAGAGACGUAUGCCUAGAGGUUUCCCUCCAGAUCAGUCAGUGUGCUUGUCCGAUGUAGUCAUGUGGCUGCUGACCCAGUGUGGAAGACCGCAGACUGAGUGCCGACACAAAAGCAUGGAGCUCUUCUAUGAGUUUGUGCCUCUGUUGCCAGGUAAUGCAUCUCCUGCAGCGUGGCUGGAUGAACAGGUGAACCAGCGUGGUCCAGGAUUUCUCAUUUCGUGUUUAGAAGGAGGCGGUUUACUCUCCCAGCCUACUUUGAGAGAUGUUGAAUCCCCUUUCAGCAUCAGAGGCACCUUACAAUGGAUGGAUCUGCUGCUGGCUGCUCUUGACUGCUACAACACCUUCACAAACCUGCAACCCCAAAGGAUCCUGGGCACUGGUGAGAAGUCCAGCUUUUUGCCAGCUCUCAGUUUCUUCCUUACAGAGCUGUCCAUGCAGGACGUUCAGGCAGCCAGGGCUUGCUUCAAAAUGGUUAAUGCUGGUCAGUCACACUUCAGCCCUCGUGAGACAGAACAGUACAACUACAGCAAGUGUUCCAUCAUUGUCCGAAUUCUGGAGUUCUCCACCAUGGUACUGCAGAAAUGUCCACAGGACCUCUGUAAGAUAAUAGAGCAAGAUGUUUUCAACUCUUCUUUUUUCUCACUGGUGGCGUUGACGGUGUGUGAACCCUCUUCCAUUGGGUUUAACAUGGCAGAUCUGGAGGUGAUGACUCAGCUGCCAGGGGUGUGCGCUCCUUUGCUUAAAGCUUUGGCAUCAACGCCUUACAGGACACAGCUGGAGAGUGGCAUUAGGAAGAGAAUAACCGUACAGAGUGUGGAGGAGUUGUGUGCUAUUAAUCUGUAUGAGGCAGACACCAGAGACAGUCAUGCUAGCAUGCAUCUGUUACUUUCAGCCUGUAAGCAGCUUCACCUGUCUGGGCUGCUCAACUCAGUUCUACAAAGUCAGGAUGCUAGUUAUGGUCGCUCUCUGGGCUCAAAACUUCUCACUAGUGUGUAUAAAAGCAUUGCUCCUGGAAGAGACAGGAAGUCUCUGCCCUCCAUGGAUGUUGGCAGCAGGAAGUUGGCUGACAGACUUGUGCAGUUGGCAUUCUGUUUGGGUGAUCAGAGUGAACAGACUGUUGGCCUUUUGCUGAACACCAGUACGCUCUCCGUCCCUCUCUCUGGCAGUCUGAAUCCUCACUUCCUCAGCUUCUCUCACGGAGAGUACUUCUACAGCCUCUUCCAGACAUCUCUCAAUACUGAGUUACUCCGCAGAGUGGAGCACACAGUGCCGCUGCUGCUGACUGCAGCCAACCAGAACCCCUGCAUGGUUAGUGUUCUGCUGAAUGGCAUGUUGGAUCAUAGUUUCUGUGAGCGUUCAGUGAGAAAGUCCCAAUUGGCUGAACAGGUGCUCAAGGCCUGGGAUUUACUCAGGCCGUGGUGGGAGGGUCCUGCAGCCUCACCAGAGAGCAAAACUUCAGUCCUUUCAGUGCUUGCCAAAGUGCUCCAGAUCGAUUCCUCUGUAUGCUCCAAUACAGAUCACCCAGCAUUCAAUGCUGUGUUCACUACUUUCAUAGCCCUUCUCACAGAUAUAUCUAUGCCACUAAAUCUCAAGAGCCAGGCUCUGACCAUGCUGCCCUUCUUUUCUACAUUAUCCAGCAUGCCCCUGGAGGAGCUCAGGAGGGCUCUGGAGACACUGGUGGCUACACAUUUCCCUAUGCAGUCAGAUGAAUUCCCUCGUGGAUCACUUCAGUGCAAUAACUACAUGGACUGCAUUAGCAAGUUUUUAGAGGCUCUGCAGCUGUCUCAGAGUCCUUUGUUAUUGAAGCUCAUGGCUAGAGUUCUGUGCCGGGACAAAAAACAUAUCAUGGAGGAGCUCUUUCAGACCUGCUUUCAAAAUAUUGCUCACCAGUCCCAUUUGGAAAGACAGGUUCUUCUCCUCAGCUCUGUCUACCAGUCAUUUCAAGCCAAAGAUGUGCCUUCAAACUCCAUGCUCAUGGGUCUUAUUGACAGAGUGCUGCUGCCACUGGCUUUUCACUGCAGCCCUCAAGCACUCUCUCAGUUCUUCAUUACUAAUAUUUCUGAUAUCAUGACUACUCUACAGGCACUCUUCACCAAGUCUGUUGAGUCAGUGUUUGAGAGUCAGAUUAUGAUGAAGAGUGGCUGUUGUAAGCUGCUGGAGGUGUUAUACUCUCGUCUGUCUAAAGAGGAAGUCUAUUCUAAAAACUCAGCUAUCAACCAGGCCUUCUGUGGCACAGGCAGUGCAGAAGGCAAUGAGCUUUCCAAGAACCUCCUCAAAUCGUGUUUUGAGGCCUUCACUGAGAACAUGGCAGGAGAGACAGUUCUGCUGGAGCUGCGGAGACAGUAUCACUGUGCUGCUUAUAAUUGUACCAUCGCCGUGAUCAGCUGCAGCUUCAAUGAGACCAAAUUCUAUCAGGGCUUCCUCUUCACUGAGAAACCUGACAAGAAUCAAUUCAUAUUUGACAACCUCAUUGAUACACAAAGGGUGUACAACUUUCCUAUAGAGAUUGAUGUCCCUAUUGAGAGGAAAAAGAAAUAUGUCAUGAUCAGGAAAGAAGUGAGUGGAGAAAAUGGAGAUGCACCUGUAUAUCUCUCCUCCCAGUCCUACAUGGCAGACAGCAGUCUCAGUGAGGAGAUGAGUCAGUUUGACUUCUCCACUGGAGUUCAGAGCUUCUCCUACAACUCCCAGAAUCCUUCAGGUGGGAGCAGCUCCAGCAGGACUCGGGAGCAUAAGGAAGUUGUGUCUCAGGAUGAGACUUUGGAGCUUGAGAUGGAUGAGCUGAAUCAACAUGAGUGUAUGGCAAAUAUGACGGCACUGCUGCGCCUCAUGCAAAGGAACAACAUCACCCCUAAAAUAGAGGAGGGAGUGACACCUAGUGAUCUUCCUCCCUGGAUGAAAUUCCUGCAGGGGAAGCUGGACAAUCCAUCCACCCCGCUAAACAUUAGACUCUUCAUAGCCAAACUUAUCAUCAAUACUGAAGAGAUAUUUCGUCCAUAUGCAAAGCAUUGGCUGGGCCCACUGGUGCAGCUGGUGGUUUCCAGUAGCAAUGGAGGAGAGGGCAUUCACUUUAUGGUAGUGGAUAUUGUGGUGACUGUCCUCUCAUGGGCAAGUGUGGCCACACCAAAGGGUAGCACAAGAGAUGAAGUUUUGGCCAAUAGGCUCCUUGGGUUUCUGGUUAAGAACUGCUUCCACUCCAAACGGGCUCUUUUCCACCACAGCCUCGAGAUUAUCCGCACGGUUGUGGAAUGCUGGAAGGACUGCCUCACAAUACCCUAUGAUUUGAUAUAUGAACGAUUUGCUGGAAUGGAUCCCAACAGCAAGGAUAACUCUGUUGGUCUACAGCUUUUAGGCAUUGUAAUGGCCAAUAAUCUUCCUCCUUAUGAUGCUGCAUGUGGCAUUGAGCAUAACAGAUACUUUCAGUCACUAGCCAACAACUUGUCAUUCAUCAGCUAUAAAGAGGUUUACUCGGCAGCUGCUGAGAUCAUUGGCUUAAUCCUAAACUACAUGACUGAGAGAGAAAAUCAAAAUAAAGGGCCCUUAUUGAAUAUUACUAUUACAAAGCUCAUGGAUUUGAGGAAGAAGGAGGUGGAUGACACAUUUAUUGUUUGCCUGAGCAAAGUGUCCAAACACUUCCCACCCUUAGUGGAUCGAUUUGUAAAUCCUGUUUUUUAUUUGCUGCCAAAGCUGCAUGACAUUUUGGAGACACACUGCCUUGAAUGUGUGCUGAGUCGUGCUGAUGUCAUCCCUGAAAUCUACCUGCACCUGAAGACCAAAGGCCUCUCACAGAUCAUGAGCCACAAAGAUGAAGGCAGGCAGCGGGUUUGUCUGGAUAUCAUACAUAAGAUCCUGGCACGUCUGAAACCAGAAGAGCUGAAGGAGAUUUUGGGAGCUGUCACAGCAUUUGUGUCUCACCCGUCUCCUGUCUGCAGAGAGAGAAUGUAUGACAUCCUGAUGUGGAUCCAGGACAACUACAGUGACACUGAGAGCAUGGAAGACAGCACCUCUGUUGAAGUGCUCAGUGCAGCUCGAGAAACUCUCCUCCAGGGGCUGACAGAUGAAAACUACGGCUUACAGCUUUAUGUGCGUAAUUUCUGGAGUCAUGAGAGCCGUUUACCUCCAGACACACUGGAGCGCAUGCUUGUGGUGCUGAAGUCACUGUAUUCGUCCCGCAUUGAAGAACAGUUCCUCAGUCUGGCCACUGACCUGCUUCUCGAGAUGACCAGUCACAGCCCUGACUACACACGCAACAUGUUUGAGUUCCCACUCUCUGAGUGCAAGUUUCAGGACUACGCAAUAGACUCUAACUGGCGUUUGCGGAGUACGGUCCUCACGCCGAUGUUUAUGGAGACCCAAGCCACCCAGGGUUCUGGCACCCAGGGUUCAGAGGCUGCAGGAAGCCAGGCAGCCACAAUGAGGGGUCAGGUCAGGGCCACACAGACGUCCCUGGAGUUCUCUCAGACUCUGGCUCCUGGUGCAGGACGCCGUUCAGCAUACAACUGGUUAACCGGGAGCAGUGUGGACACACUGGCUGAUUAUUCCCUUUCAUCUGAUUCUUUAUCAUCACUUUUGGUGUUUGAGAAAAAGAGAUCCAAACGCCCCCAAGCUGCUUGGAUAGCCGUGGGUGCAGGGUUUGGCUCUAAACGCCUCACUGCUGCCAGUGACGAGACAGACAGUCGGAGUGCAGCUGAGCGGGAGCGGCGUGCAGACAUUCUGAGGCUCAGGAGGCGAUUUAUAAAGGAUAAAGAGAAGGAGAACAUCAGAUUCGCCAAGAAAGAAAUUCAGUCCCAAAGAACUGAAAGGGAAAGAAGAGCAGAUGUGAAGAUCCGUCAGGAUGCUCAGGUCACGCUGUACCGCAGCUAUAGAGUUGGAGAUCUUCCUGAUAUUCAGAUUCAGUACAGCAGCCUCAUCGCCCCACUACAGGCUCUGGCACAGAGGGAUGCCACAGUGGCGAAGCAGCUGUUCAGCUCACUGUUCACUGGGGUGCUGGUUGAAAUGGAGGGAUCCAAGUCUAGUAAAGAAACAACAACCAUUCUGAAGGAUCUAGUGCAGACCCUGAACACCUUCCUCAACAUGAGCACUGUCUACUUCCCUCCUUUCAUUGCUUGUGUACAGGACAUGUGUUAUCAUCAUAAGGCCCUUCUUGGUGUUGAGCCGGCUCUCGUCAGUGCCAGCUGUCUUGCCAGUCUGCAGCAGCCCAUGGGCAUCCUGUUACUGGAGGAGAGUUUGCUUCAUGGCACUGGAAUGUCAGAGGAACCUCCCUCAAAACGAGCACGAGGCAAACGAGAGCUGCCACCUGACACAGAAAGAUGGAUCCACCUUGCCAAACUUUACAGGUCUUUGGGAGAUUAUGAUGUGGUCAGGGGAAUCUUUAGUGGCAAGAUUGGCACAAAGUCAAUAACGUUCAUGGCCCUGCAAGCAGAGGCAAAGAGUGAUUAUGCUGAAGCUGUGAAGCUCUGCAAGGAGGCACUGAACAAAGAAGACUGGAACGAUGGAGAGCCCACAAACACGGAGAAAGAUUUCUGGGAAAUUGCUGCACUGGAGGCCUGUAAUCACCUGACAGAAUGGAAAUCUCUGCAGUAUUGUGCCACAGUCAACAUUGACGACAACUCACCUGUCAAUCUAGAAAAAAUGUGGACAGAGCCGUUUUAUGUGGAAACAUACCUGCAGUACAUGAUGCGUAGUAUGUUGAAGCAGUUGCAGCUGGGGGAGAGAACUCAGGAUCUGCUCAGCUUUGUUGAUGCUGCUAUGAAGACAGAAGAGCACAAGAUCAUCAUGGAGACCCAUUACAGUCAGGAGCUGAGUCUACUGUACAUCCUGCAAGAGGACUAUGACAGGGCCAAAUACUAUGCCAACAACUGCAUGCUAGUCUUCAUGCAGAACUAUUCAAGUAUCAACCCGCUGCUGAACCGCAGCCGUCUGAAUGUGCUACAGUCUGUCCAAGCUUUGACAGAGAUCCAAGACUUCCUGAAUUAUAUCUCAGGAGAGGUCUCAGUGAGUUCUCUGAAGUUCAUGACCAGAAGGUGGACCAGCCGCUAUCCGGAUGCUAAACUGGACCCCAUGAAUGUUUGGGAUGACAUCAUCACAUCUCGUUGUUUCUUCUUGGAUAAGAUUCUGGAGAGACUGACCUCCACCCCUGAAAACAGCAUGGAGGUGGAUGGUGCAGAGCAGGCGAGUGGAGAGGAACUUGGAGUGCUGGUGAAGAACUGCAAGUUCAACAUGAAACUACAAAUGGCAGACAGUGCAUGGAAACAGAAUAAUUUUCCGAUGGCAUCCAAGCUGUUGACGGAACUUCAUCGUGAUGCAAAGUCUGAUGAUGACUGGUUGGUCCGCUGGGUCCACAGCUUCAGCCGUUUUACUCACAGAAGAAGCGCUGGCCUUGGAUCUGCUGAAAAGAUUAAUGCUUUGCUCAAGACUGUUCCACUUCUGAUUGAUGCUGGUAGACAGAGUGAAGGCUCAUCUGCUCGAAUACUCUGUGACCAGAAGAUCCUUCUGGGCACCACCUAUGACCUCAUGGCCAGAGCUGCGGAUUGCAGUCCUUCUGCUGUGGAGACUCUCGGGGAAGAUAAAGUACAGAAGAUUCUCCAACUGUCAGGGGCCUCAUCCAUCACCCAGGUGGUGGAGGGUCUGCAGAUGCAGGCUCUGGAGAUGUUGCGAAGUGCUGCACGUAAGGCAGAAGAGGAAGAGCAGUCCUUCGGCCAGCAGCAUGUGAACACACGUGGUAUUGUGGAGGCCUACAUGACCUUGGUCAACUUUUGUGACCGAAGACUAAGAGAUAGUGAACAAAAAGAAGAGGCAAUCAGUUCUAAACUGCAGUCCUUGCCUGGACAUGUAGUGAAGAUGAUGCUGAAGGCAUUGAAGCUCCACUCGGAUGAGGCCAGGCUCAAAUUUCCUCGUCUAUUGCAGCUAGUAGAACUGUACCCUGCAGAGAUCCAGGACCUGAUGGUCAGAGAGGUUGUUAGUGUGCCUUGCUGGAUGCUGAUUGGCUGGAUCAGUCAAAUGAUGGCACUGCUUGACAAGCCACAGGCGACAGCAGUUCAGCAUGUUAUAGAGGAGAUCGCUGAAUGCUAUCCACAAGCCCUCAUCUACCCGUACAUGAUCAGCAGUGAGAACUACACGUUUGAGGAAUCUGCGAGUGGUCAGAGGAACCGGGAGUUUGUUGAAAAGCUGAAGUCAUUACUGGAUAAAGGUGGUGUCGUCCAAGAGUUUGUAGACGCCCUUCAGCAACUUACUAACCCUGAAAUGCUUUUCAAGGAUUGGUGGGAUGAGAUGAAGAAUCAACUGGACAAACCAGACCUGGACAAAAAGAAAAUGAAGCAGCUCUAUGAGGAAAUGGUUGGAAUGCUUGGUGAUUCUAAGUCUCCAGGAUUUGGAUCUUUCAGAAGAAAAUUCAUUCAGAAAUACUGUAAAGAAGUAGAGAAGCUGCUUGGUGCUGGUGGGUCCAAGUUGUAUGAAAGGCGAAAAGAUAAGGAGUUCCUUCAGAAGGUGGACCGCCUUGCUAUCUCAAUGAGAGGUUUCCAAAAGGAACCAGGGAACAUGAAGGAAUAUUCACCCUGGCUUAGCAGCUUCAAAGCAGAAACACUCAAAAAUGAACUGGAGGUACCAGGUCAAUAUGAUGGCCAAUCGAAGCCUUUGCCAGAAUAUCAUGCAAAUAUCACAGGUUUUGACGAAAGGGUAAAGGUUAUGACAUCUAUUCGUCGGCCAAAGCGCAUCAUCAUUCGAGGAGAUGACGAGCGGGAUUAUCCGUUCCUAGUGAAGGGUGGCGAGGACCUGCGACAGGACCAGCGCAUCGAGCAGCUCUUUGGCGUGAUGAACAUGAUUCUCAAUCAGGACACUGCCUGUUCUCAGCGGAGCCUGGCACUCUGCACUUACCAGGUCAUUCCCAUCACUAAUUUGCAUAACACAGAGACUGGUGGUAUGAUUGGCAUCGACUUCGGUCAUGCUUUUGGAUCAGCCACACAGUUCCUCCCAGUGCCUGAACUGAUGCCAUUUAGGCUGACACGGCAGUUUAUAAACUUGAUGCGACCCAUGGCAGAGUCUGGUCUCAUCCAGAGUGUGAUGGUACACUCAUUACGUGCCUUCAGAGAUGACCCAGACCUGCUGCUCAACACCAUGGAUGUGUUUGUGAAGGAGCCUUCACUCGACUGGAAGAACUUUGAGCUGAAGCAGCUGAAGAAAAGAGGUACCUGGACAGAGAGUGUGAACACCAAAAAAAUAAACUGGUUCCCUCUACAGAAGGUCAACUUUGCUCGCCGGAAGCUAGAGGGAGCCAAUCCCUCGGUUAUAACAAGUGAGGAGCUCUGUCUUGGAUUUGAGAAGACCCCAGAAUAUAAGGAAAUGUUGGCUGUUGCCCGAGGCGAAAAAGAACACAACAUACGAGCUCAACACAAUGAGAAAGACCUGAGUGUUGAAGAUCAGGUAGACUGCUUGCUCGAUCAGGCAACUGACCCCAAUAUACUGGGCAGGGUGUGGAUAGGCUGGGAACCAUGGGUUUGAACCAAAUAGUAGGUAACAAUGAAACAAGUUCAUGUGGUUUUUGUAUUUUUUUUUUUCAACCCCUUUUUCAAAGUGUGAAGACCAGGCUUUCAAAACCACAACUGCUGUCAUAUGGCACGGUUUUGUAGUAAUGUUCUGCUAGAUACUAUAGAUUAAACUAAACAGACCUUGUGUUGAUAAACUGAACAACACAGUUGUCAUAUUCCAUUGCACUGCUUUGAAGGAAACUAGUCAUCAAAUAAAGCAUCUAUACAUGUCAAAAUUGUCAUAAAGUAUACAAAGUCAACGUAAUCUGAUAUGAAAUUGUUGACUCUUCAUCCUCUCCACUUUUAUUUUUGGACACAUCAGCCUUCAUUAAUCACUAGUGUAAAGAUUAUGUUGCUGGGAGCAUUUUCAUCUAAAGUGAGCUAGUGUGAUUACCACCGUGUUUGGUGUCACAACUUGGUAAAGGAUAACUUAAUUUGAAUG